CGGUUGUACAAUGUCAGUGUCAAUGAUUUAGAGCGUCAUCAUUACAUAAAUUUAUAUUUUUUACAUGCUUUAUUGUAACUCGAAUGAAUAGUUUAUAAUGCCAAAACCACGGACCGAAGAGCAAUUUCCAUUGCUUUUGGUUUUAGUGGGUGAGCAAGAUGUUUCACAAAAUAACAAAAGACUUUUCGGAAGAGGAAGAUUCGAUGGCAUCACUUCUGGAGCUACUGCUAUUAUCACCGAAUGGCCAAAUUACCUAAGCUCCUGCUGGGUGACAGCUUUAGUCUGUGGAGUCACUCUUUUCUUCGUUUCUGUAAUGUUGUCAUCUUGUAUGACAUUCCAACAUCACACGAGAUCACCACGAUGCUCUUCAGAUUCUCACUUAAUUGCCAACAAGACAAUUCAUCUAAUCCAUACAUCGCACAAGUGGCAGCCUAGUCAGCUAGAUCUGUUGAGAAAUAUUACAAAUGCAUUUCCGAAUUAUCAGAUCCAUCUUCUUGUCAUCACUAACAAAAGCUGGAAGCUGAUUAAAGUAAAGAGAGAAACAAAUGAAACCAGACUUAACCAAACGCAUCCAUCACUUGUCAAUGCAAGUGACAACACAUUGGAUGACAUAGCAAAGAAAUAUCCAAAUAUAAUCAUCACUUAUAAAACGUAUCGGAAUGUUUUCGUAAAUAGUCCAUUAUUCCUAAACUGGAUUUCCUUGAAUCACCAAAUGAGAAUAUUUGCCAUCAGAGUUUUAGAAAUAUGGCAGAAUGGCGGCCUCAGCUAUGAUUUACUGGAAUACAAAACUCACUCUCACAGAAAAUAUAAAAACUGUACCAAUAUUGCUGAAAUGAAAGUGCAAAGCUACAUAAAAAGUGGCUACAAAAGAUAUGAACACCUACAACCAGAGGUUGUCUCGAUAGACCGAAAUGGAUUUCACAUGGAAUGUAAAACGCCUUGUCAUGCCUUUUUUAGUAAAGUUUUACAGAAACUGAGAAAAGCUGAUGAAAAUUCGUCGCCGAGAGAUAUUUUGUAUGGGCCAAUGUACACUUUCUGUAAAGCUGGGGUGAUUGAUAAAGAAUUUUGUCACAUUCAAAAUAUUUUAUUUUAAUAAAAAUGUAGACAAUUUUUGAGUUUGUCUAGUAAUAUCUGUAAAUUUUAAAAUGAAUCUAACAAAAUACUUUUAAAAAUC